AUGAGGUCUCGUACGGGAUGCCAGACCUGCCGCUCCAGGAAGCUUAAGUGCGAUGAAAACAAGCCAAUCUGCGGCCAAUGUCGAAAAGGUUCUCGCGAUUGUCAGCCCAGCGAUGGGGUUGUGUUCAGGCAUCAGCAGAAUGCUUCCAUGAAUGGAGUCGGCGAGGUUGACGACGGAAAUGGAAAGCUGGGCGGAUUUUACGCGUAUCGAAAUACCUUCGAUGAACAUAAUAUAUGGGUUGAUGUCCCAAAGACAGUUACGUUCCAUAAUAUCACGGAUCCCUUCAAUAUGGAACCAACUCCGGAACCCGAAUAUCGUCCAGCUUCAACACCUGUUAGUUUACCGCAAAUCGAAGAACGUCCCGAGAACCCAUACUUUCACAUGCAAUAUGACCAAGCUCCAGGUCUCGAGGCUCUAUCUGCGGCUGCCACAAGCAAUAUGCAAUAUAUUCGACCAUUUUCAGCUCCUACACAUUCACCACUCGAGGCUACAGCCUCCCCGCAUUCUUCGAACAAUCUGAAUUUCAUAUUGAAUCCAACUGGGCCAGAUAGAUCUACUGAUGCAGCAUCAACGCCGAUCGAUCCCUCUUUAAUCACGUCCCACCCCUCACCGCAAAGUAAUGAUGUUAGGGCAGUGGAAGACUUUGAAGUAGCAUUCCUCCUACGGCAUUUUGGGGAAACCACUGGGCAAUGGAUGGAUCUGUUUGACCUAGGCUGUUAUUUUGCGCAUCACGUUCCGGUCCAGUCCAUGUCCAAUCCUCUCCUUCGAUACUCCGCAUGCGCAUAUGCUGCUAAGCAACUCGGUCGUGUGCGGGGACGGAAGGCAGUCGUUGGUGGCAAUGUCAGUAGACAGGGCCACAUGGAAUUGUACCCUCGUCCUGAAAAUGUGGACUGGGCUUACAUCGGAGCAAAAUAUUAUGAUCGAGCGAUAUCACUCCUGAUGGAAGAGCUCUCAAAUUCUGGAAAUCAAGAUGGCGUUCCAUUGACCCCAAUAACAGCGGCAGACGAGACCUUCAGCCCGCAAGGAAGCACCGCCUCACCCCAUAGCACCCCGAGGACUCCAGGAAAUAAAAGACGUCGCUUGUCGCGAGCCACUUCUUCCAACCACGCUGAUGAAACAUUGGCAGCCGCUUCUAUUCUGUGUGUGUACGAGUUUCUGGAUAAUGCUAACACCGCUUGGGCACGGCAUCUCAGUGGCACAAAAUCUCUAUUUGACAUGGCGGAAAAAGAGGGCAUGAUGCCAGUACGGUCUCCAACAAGUCCUGGUGCUCUAUCUGAACGCAUAAAGCCAUCAAGAGGUCGAAAGGCUACCUUUUGGAACUUUGCUCGCCAAGAUUUCCUAGCAGCAUUCAUAAAUGAAGGUCAGACGAGGCUCAGCACAGAUGACAUCGGACUAUGGAGAGCUGCCGGUCUCCAUCUCGACGACCAUGGCCUUAUUAUCCCAAGCAACACAGAAGACUCUCAGUUUCCAGAAAGGCAGCUCGUUAUGCGAGAAGACAUGAUUUCGAAUGCUCUGAUAUUUUUGAUGUCCAAGAUAAUCAACUUUCUAGCUUCCGGAGACUCCGUUGAUCACGUCUUUCCUCAAGACCCAGCAAGCCCUUCAGGACUUAUUGGCAUCAAUCAAAUGCUGCUCCUUCAGCGAUGGAAAGAAUUAGAAAAAGAACUUGACACUUGGCUCAAAGGCUUGCCUGAUACGUUCAAACCAUGCGCCCGCCUACCACCAGUCACAGAUGGAAGCAUUCCUACAGACUCUGCAAGAGCAUUAUUCUACGAAAUCUGGUACAGUAUCCCAAUGUGUGCAUCAACCAUGCAGUCCUACCACAUGGCCAGAACAAUAUUACUCAUCAAUAAGCCCCAUGAAUCAACUGCGCGCCGCUCCACCCUUUCAAAUCGCCUGCAUUCAUACCGUUCAAUCGAAGUUGAAGUUCGAUAUCACAGCCAUGAGAUCUGCGGAAUCGCUCUCGGAAGACCCGAAGGGAGUGUCAGGAUACACCAAGUACAACCGCUAUUUGUAGCCGGUCAAUGUCUGACUGAUAGCCGCGAGCGUCGUGUCCUUCUUGAACUCUUGCGAGGUGUUGAAAAUGAUCUUGGCUGGGCCACAGACUACCGCGUGCAGCAGUUGCUGAAAGAAUGGAACUGGAGCCAAUCUUCCCAUUGA